AUGGAUUCAUCGGUUGUGUCUAUAAUAAUCACCUUAUUUCUAGGAUUCAUACUAGUAAGAUGGUUUUUACAAUCUGAUCAACAUCCAUCUUCUGUGAGAGCAACUCAACAAAAUUCAAUGAGAAACAGCAGACGUCCUCGCAAUGCCAAUAAUAAUAACAGAAAUACCGCAAAUAGAGCCACUGUUUCACCUCAAAUGAUACAAGCUGUUCAAAACAUUGCACCCAAUCUACAUGUCGAACAAAUUAGAUACGCUUUACAACAACCAAAUGCAUCCGUAGAAAUUGUCAUCGAAAGAUACCUAAGAGAUGAGACUUUUGAUUUCCCACCAAAUUAUACCCCUAUACAGACUCAGAAUUUUACCACUGGUUCUACAAAUGAUCCAAGAAAAGUUAAUAUGAUUCGUUCUGAUAACCUAUUAACAAAAUUUAAUGUCCAUGAUAAUGAUGAUUUCACUAAUGUCGAGUUCACAGAUCUUGACAUGAAUGAAAGAAAGAAAUAUCUCAUAUGGAAGGCAAGAAGAGAAAUGAAGGAGCGUCUGCAAAAUGACAAUGAAUUAUCUUCAUUGCUAAAUUAG